AGCCAUACUACUUCGGCGUAUUCGGUCGGUUUUGAUGUCUACAACAGAGUCCACAGGGAAGAACUUCAUUCAAACUGCGAUCGACCAGGACCUGGCUCCCGGAGGAAGGUGCCAUGGUAAGAAGAUCGUUACUCGAUUCCCUCCUGAGCCCAACGGAUAUCUGCAUAUUGGACACGCUAAGAGCAUUUGCCUUAACUUUGGGCUGGCCAAGCAAUAUGGUGGUACUUGCCACUUGAGGUUCGAUGAUACCAACCCCAGUGCUGAGAGUGAUGAGUAUGUGAGGAGCAUCCAGGAGGACGUCAAGUGGCUAGGGUUCGACUGGGACGACAACCUCUUCUUCGCAUCGUCCUAUUUCGAUCAGCUUUACGAGUGGGCCGAGUAUCUCAUCAACAAGGGGGAGGCUUAUGUGGAUCUCCAAACCCCCGACGAGAUCCGCAUCAACCGCGGCAAUAUCAAUACCCCCGGCACCAACUCCCCAAACCGUGACCAGACCCCCGAGGAGAACCUCCGACUUUUCCGAGAGAUGCGGGACGGCAAGUUCAAGGAAGGGGAAGCCUUGUUGCGAGCCAAGAUCGAUAUGGCCUCUCCCAACAUGAACAUGAGGGACCCUCCCAUGUAUAGGAUCCUCCAUAAGGAGCAUCACAGGACCGGCAAAAAGUGGUGUAUCUACCCUCUAUACGACUUCGCCCAUGGAGAGGAGGACGCCAUUGAACAUAUUACUCAUUCCAUCUGCACAUUGGAAUUCGAAAACCAUCGAGAGCUCUAUGACUGGUUCUUGGCACAUCUACCCGUACCCUCCCGACCUCAUCAGUAUGAGUUCGCGAGGCUGCAGGUUACCAACACUAUAAUGAGUAAGAGGAAGCUGCUGAAGUUGGUGAACUCACACUCUGUACGUGGUUGGGAUGACCCUAGAAUGCCAACGAUUUCCGGUAUGCGUCGACGAGGUGUGACCCCUAAGGCCCUCCGCACCUUCUGCCAGAAGGUAGGGGUGUCCACCAGUCUGAGUACUAUUGAUAGUGUACUCCUAGACGAGUGCAUUAGGGAGGAUCUCGAGGCCAACUCCAAUCGUAGGAUGUGUGUGGUGAAUCCAGUGAAGGUCUACAUCGAGACCAUGCCCGACGAGGAGCGUAUCGAGGUGGAGGCACCGAACCAUCCUGGGAUGCCUGAGGCGGGUUCCCGCAAGUUGUAUUUGCGCAACCGACUUGUAAUUGAAUCGAGUGAUUUCCGCAUAGACCCUCCUGAAGGGUUCAAGAGGCUCUCACUAGGCGGAAAGGUGAAACUACGUUACGGGUACGUUAUCAAGGCCGAGCGAGUGACCCCUGAGGGAGUGGUCAUCUGCAGUCAUGACCCUGAUUCCCUUCAUGGGGAGGGAAGCCUUCCUAAGGACGUCAAGGGAGUCAUCCAUUGGGCGGUCGAUGCUGAGGAGAGUAAUGAGGAUGUAGUGCGGGGCACAGUCAACUGGUAUGAGAAUCUAUUAUUGCCAGAGUCGGCUCCCACUGAUGAGGGUGCCACCUCGGAGGAAGAAGCAUCCAUGGUACCUGGCACAGCGGAGGUGGAAGAGGCUGAUAAGGAUGCUUGGUUAUCCCAAUUGAAUCCUAACAGUCUUCGAGAGUAUAAGGCCUACUUCGAGCCCUCCAUGGCUGAGGCUAAGCCGAUGGAGACUUUCCAAUUCGAGCGUGUUGGUUACUUUGUCGUUGAUAAGGAUUCCACUGCUGAUCAGCUUACAUGCAACCUCACAGUCACUCUCAAGGAGAGUGGACUCAAGAAAACUGAGGGGAAGCACGCGGGUCGUUCUCGUAAGGAGGCCCAAGCAGCCCAGCUAGCCGAGAAGGAGGCUAAGAAGAAGAUCAGGCCCGAGGAUAUGUUCAAAGAGCAAACAGACAAGUACUCCCAAUUCGAUGAGAGUGGCAUCCCUACUCACGACGCAGCUGGAGAGAAGCUCGCCAAGAGUGCUUAUAAGAAGCUUCACAAGGAGUGGGAGAAGCAAAGACGCUUGUACGAGAGCAACCACUGAAUCCACACAGUCCUUAGCCGCUGAUCCUUCAUCUAUCGU